GCAUAUACCAAGAAACAGAAACACUGGACUUCGAGCUUUUGGUACUUCUUCGGGCUCGAAAUAAAAUGGGUAGAGAGUUCGAUCUGAUUGUGUUCGGGGCAAGUGGCUUCACUGGCAGAUAUGUUGCCCUUGAAGUGGCAAAAUGCAGCAAAGCAGAGGGCAAGAGCUGGGCUGUUGCAGGAAGAUCCUUGAGCAAGUUGAAACAGGUUGUUGCAGACAUUCAAGACGAGCUAGGAGAAAACUUGAAUGAUGUUGGAAUCAUUGCUGCCGAUGUCAAUGACAGUGGAGCUAUGUUGGAGUGCUGCAAAAAGGGAGAUAUAAUUCUUGACUGUGUUGGACCUUUCAGGUUCUAUGGUGAGCAAGUUGUCAGUGCCUGUGUGAAAGCAAAAACAAAUUAUGUUGAUGUUAGUGGGGAACCUGAGUUUCUAGAAAAUAUGCAGUUCAAGUAUUCAAAGCAGGCUGAAGAAGCUGGGAUUCAUAUUGUGGGAGCAUGUGGGUUUGACAGCAUUCCAGUUGAUUGUGGCAUAGAAUUUAUGAGGCAAAAAUUUAAUGGCGAGCUAACUGCAGUGGAGUCCUAUUUGAAAUAUCACGGAAGAAUAAAGGGAAAUAUUGGAACGUUUGAGUCUCUGAUAAAUGGCGUUGCUACUGGUGAUAAUCUGAAAAGCAUUCGGAAGAGGCUGAUGCCAGAAAAAAUGAAGUAUGUUGGCCAAAGACUGGAGAAAAGAGGAUCGUUGUUCUACAGCAAAUCAGAAAAUCUUUGGACAGUUUUGUUUACGGGUGCUGAUCCAUCAGUUGUCCGCCGGACACAGUAUUCCUGUCAAGAAUCGUCCGGAGAAACGCCUGUCCAAUAUGGCUCGUACAUGUGCCUCAGUGGUAUACUAGAACUGGUCUGCCUUCUGAUUUUUGGUGUUUUCCUUGCAAUAUUGACCCCAUUUCAGUUCGGCAGAAACCUGCUAAUGAAGUAUCCAAAAUUAUUCACAUUCGGUACAUUUUCGUAUGAUGGCUUAACCCGAGAGGAGUUGGCCGAAAGGUCCUUCACCUUUGUUUUCUAUGGUCGUGGCUAUAGCUCUGAAAGUCAAAAAACUGGGAAGCCAGACAAAGCAAUUGGAUUGAAAAUUAAUGGUCCAGAACCUGGCUAUGUUGCAACACCAAUAUUCUUGGUUCAGGCUGCCUUAACCAUCUUGGAAGGAAAUCUUCCAAACAAGGGCGGUGUGUUCACACCCGGAAGAGCCUUCAAGAACACAUCACUGAUCGAUCGGCUCAUCAAAUCUGGCAUUGAAAUAUCUACCUUUCAAGUGGACACUAAAGAUUUUUGAGGAAAUGCCGAUGCUGGUUUCUGAUCUACACUCGCUUAUGUAAGCACUUAGCUGUAGAAAAAGAAUGCCUCGUUUAAAUGCAACGCUUUUCAUGCUGCUGUAGUGAACUCCUCGCAAAAAUCUUAGAUUUGUCCCCAAAACAUUAUAUCAUUAUAGAUUGAUGCAGUAUCAUUCUUCUCCAGCAUCAUCCAUAUAGCAAAAUAUAGUAUUGAAUAUCAGUGAUCUAAUAUUUAUAGAUGAUUCAUUGAUUCACUACUCUAGUUUUUAUAAAAGCUCUACCCACUCAAAUAUAAUGACAAAUGACUGGCUAAGUGAUAAUGUGUUAAUGGCGAUUUGUUGUGAAAUAUUUUUGUGACUUGAAGAUUUUGACAAUGCAAUCUGAAACACCAUAAUUAAAGAGUUUUACAUAUCUAUAAAGAAACAUUUUAACCUGUCAAAGCUCCAAGUAAACUUUAGGCAUUUCUCUGGCAAUAUCUCAGCCAGUAUUUAGCAAAAGUAACUGAAUUGUCACAUAAAGGUAUUUUUUGGACUAAGUGGACCGGGUUACCAAGCUGAAUAGAAGACCAUAUUCCUGUCAGUCCCACAUUCUUUCUUCUGCUUCCUGUGAAACCUUGAGCCAUUCGAUAAUACCCAGACAAUUUCUUAGGCAGGAAUGGAAAAAAUAGCUGGAUUGAAUUUGUUUAUAGCUAUCAGUUUAUCUUUAAAGUUUAAGGUGUAAAAAUAAUAGACAAUUAAUUUAGCAUCUAGACAUUUGUUUUAAUUUGCCAAUAAACCAGAACUUGGAGAAAUCAUUUCCAAACCAGAUCUCAAAAAAACAUUUCAGAAAACUUUCUGAGCCUGUCGAAAAGUUUUCUAAAAUUAAAUCGUCCUGAAAGAAAAUGCAAAUCCUGUGAAACGGUUGAUUCCUUCGAAUCCAUCUUGCUUGGUUUAAGGUGUAAAACCCUGUUUCGAGACUCCUGUAUCGAGUCCACCUCCUACCAAUCAUUAUUAAUAUCUAAAAGUUUCUGGUCAUGUUGACUCGACUCUGUCUGAUUUUGGUGUGAUAGGUUCGCCUUCAAAUUUGGCAAUUUUGCAAGCCUAUAGAUCUUGUUUUUUUUUACGAAAAGUCGACGAUCAUAAAAGGUCACCAAAAAUUUGCAUAAUCAGCAGUCUUUGCUAAUCUAUAUUGAUUGAUCAUUUUGAAUCACAUCUACUUUAUUUUGUUCUGAAAAAGUAACCUUCAAAUCUUCACUAUAUUUGCAUAACCAUCAACGAAAAAUUGACUGUCAUAAAAAUUCAACUUCGUAAAAACAGCAGCUAUCUACCAAUCUAUAUUUAUUGAAAACACUUUCUCGUUGUAUUGAACCAAUUUUAUCUGAUUUUGAUGCAAAAUAAUUUUCAAAACUUAAACAUUUUUGCAAUUAUAUAGGCAUAUUUUUUUAAGAAAGACGAGUGUCAUAGAUCGUCACCAAAUCUUUGUAUGAACACCCGUUUUCUGCCAAUUUAGUUUGCUUUUAUGUUGUACUGAGUAAUUUUUGCCUGAUUCUGAUGCAAAAUUUCAACUUCAUGACUUGAUCAUUUUUGCAGGCCUAUAGACAUAAUUUCUUUUACAAAUUUUGACACUGACAUUUUAUUUUUAUCGAACCCUUAAUCUUCUUUUGUUUUAAAAAAAAUCUCGAAAUCUUGACCGUUUUUGCCAGCUUUUAGACUUUACUUUUUUAAAGUAUCGACACCCAUAAAGAGUAAGUUAUUCUAUAUGAAAAGAAGUUUCCUUUCCCAAAUGAUCUAUUCUUAAUUAUCCUUAGGUCUAUCUUAAGUCACCUCAAAGUGUCAACUAAAUUUCGACAGACCUUAAAUUAUCAAUUAAAAAGUUUUGAGUAUUUAUAAAUUUAUCAUCAGGUAGUUGAGUUGCAUCAAUAUUUACAAUGUUAGGAAAUUGCAUUCUUGUCUGGACCUUGCCACCAUAAUCUUUUAUCUUAUGUUCCGCACAUUUUUUUUCCGAUGACGUUGUCAGGCCGAUCUUGGAGCUAUACUGCCGGCAAAAUACUAUAUAAUAAAGUACCGAUCGGUUAAGACAAUGAACUUGCCAUUUAUUGCCCUGGGUAUUGUUAUAAUUUAUUUUGUCUGUAUGAUAUUUUUUAUCGGGUAUCACUUCCAGUGUGAAUUAGGGUGGCGGUGUGAAAAUCAACUCGUAAGUCGAGUCUCUGUGACUCUCACCCAAACAGUUUCAAUUAAUUUUUUACUGUAGUAGUUUUUUGUGUAUUCUAAAUUUCCUCGUUCUAAAAAAGGAUGGAAGAGACGAUGAUAGACUUUAGCAGUGUAAUGGACCUCAACUUCAAAAGGGGCCAAAACAUCUGCAAUGACAGUGCCAGGAGGGGAGAGGUGUUACCAACAAACUGCGUGAAGCGUGGAAGGCAUGAGAAUUGAGUACAGAACUCAUAGUAGGGCUAGCUAAGGAUUUGUAUGGUGGUGGAAUACAAAUCUGGUACAGGAUUAUACCUUCAAUCCGUUUUUCCAGCACAGGUAUGUGAAUUGGAGAUAUCGCGUAUCCAGGUAUCAUGUUUUCAGAAUAUUAUUCCAAGACAGGUAUCAUAUCUUCAAAAUUUCAUAAAUUUUGAAGGGGUCAUAAAUUUUUUCUGGCAGGCGGCACAUCCCCCAGGCCCGUAGCCAGGUGGUGGCAUGGGGUGGCAAUACCACCCCUGGAGCAAGAGAAUACCAACUGUUUGCCAGCCGUAUAGUUUCUCUCCAAUUUUCUUAAAUGGCUUUUUCGUCGUUUUCAUUGGAUCGUCAUGACAAUUUGAGUCUAGAUAACUCUGACGGAAGGAAAAUUGUUAAGGGCUUUUAUUAUGAGACCCUGAUGCCCCUGUACAAAUAUGCAGCGUAAACAUUUUCUGUUCUGGAGAAGACAUUCGAGGAGCUUGAUGUUUUCACUCCAAGCAGUGUGCAAAUCUUCUCUCGAAUGCCUAAAGAUGUGAAGUGGCCAGAAAGCGAGUUCAUCUAGCCGAUCUCGCUUUUUAUUAAUUUCUAAAAGUUGCAGUUACUGCUGGCUUCACAUCAACACAUAGAGACUUUGAAAAAUGCUGCACAGACAAGGAUAGAUUCCUCUCAGCAAAGUUCUUUGCGGAAAGAGAGGGAGAACAAUCUUGCAUGUCUUGCGUUUUAGAAAUGAAAUCUUGAUGGAAUACAUAACAUUUAAAAAUUUUCUAGCUGUUUAGAAAUUAAGAGGAAAAAAGUUGCUUAAUUUCUGAAGACAUUUUACAACUUUGUUUCCACUUACUCUCCGUACCUCGCUCCCCUACACAAAACACGCCUGCAUUUGCCAUCCCGUCAUUUUGACAGCCCCGUCAUUUUUAUCCAGCGUAAACCCCCUGGGACAUGUCAAGACGCCGUGGAAGCAAAAAUGAGAAUGAGGUAGUUUCCACCGCAGUUACACAACAGGAUUAAAGUUUAAAAUAAUGGGACGCAAAAAGAGCAAGCAAAGUAAAGAAUCUCUAGAAAUAACAAGAAAAACUAUGCAAAAUCCCCCGGAUUCAAACAAGAAAAAGAAAAAGAAGGUUCUAAAAAUAAAGGGAGAGAAGAUGAAGGAACAAAUAGCCAGCAUAGAUAACCAUUUUGCUACAUUACAAACAGAGAUGGUAACAUCACCUAAAGAUAGUGGCAGCAAUGUGAAGCAGGAUGCUACCACCACCACUUUUCUAGCUAAGAAAGUAAUAUCUGACCAAGAUGUUGAAGAUGCUUUGGAUCAAAUAAUAUCACUAUGAUGGUGCAGUUCAUCAGUCCAUACUUCUAAUAGGACACCACCUUCAGGCAAUGGAUGUCAUACAAGCAUAAAUUUACCAACCAAUAACGCUUUGCUAUCUUGAAAAUUUCAUGGAAGUAAAAUUCAGCUUGUGGCAUAUGCCAAAAGUGGAUGGAAGCUGGAGCAUGGGCGAAAGUUAUGAAAAUUCCACAUAAAGCAACUGGUUCUAUUAAGAAGAGAACACCAACAGUUUUCAUGAAGGACUAAAGAGUGUUGAGUUUCAAUUCAGGUUAUGCUUUCAGAACCAUCUGUUAACAAAAACUUUAUUUUUAUGCAAGCAUGAAAGAUGUUCAUAAUUGUGAGUUUAGUUUUGACAUUGAUUAUAAAUUUUGAGUUUUCAGAAUUCUUUUCCUAUUUCAAA